AUGCUAUCGGAGGUAUUCGUCGUUGCCAGUGCCGUGGGGAUUGUGGUGGAAGAAAUUCCAGGUUUCGAAGUGGUGCUUAAGCCGGAAGAGAGUGGAAUCGAUGCUCCAGUUUUCGUUCCGGAAACGGCUGUGCUUGUGGAGGAGUUGGAUAUUCCGAACCAGGUGGUAGUCGCUGAUGGUACCGGGAUUGGCAAUGACCCAAAUGUAGAGAUGCUUGUUGAUAUAAUCGCUGUCCCUGAGGUAGUUGUGGCUACUGGGGCGAUACUGACCGUGCUACCACUGGAUGAUGAAGGAGCAGUGUCCAAGCUGGUACUGGACGACGCGACAGUACUAGCCAUCACAGACAGCUCAACAACUGAAGAAGGCGAGGUAGUCGUUGACUCUGUCGAUAGAAUAGUUGAUGAGGACGCAGCAGAGGUCGAGAAUGACCCAACUUGCGAAGUGGUGGAGGGAAGCAAGGUUGUACUGCUGGUCGUGGAACCUGGGGAUAUGAUUAUAGUGAGGCAGACGAAUGGUGUUGAACUUCCGAACAGAAUGAACACAAUGCCUCGUUCAUUAGUGCAAAAAUUAGAUCCCUCUGCUUCGAGCAUCAAAACGUCGUUGGCAUCAAUGAACCAUUUGGAAAGAUUGUCAUUGACUGUUGUAACCAAUGAGAAACCUGCACUGUCCAAGGAGAAUUGGGCUGCCGCUGCUGAGUCACUCAAUAGAGUCCCACUACCAUCAGAGAAACCCAAAUACUGGAGGGCUCGCUUGCGGGUCUUGAGAGGCGAGUUUGUGCUGACAACGAAGAGAUCCGUGGAAGGAGGAACAGGAACAAUCUGGGUGCUCGACGUCGAGCUGGAUGCUGAUAUGGUGCUACUGCCGCUUGUUGUCGCAGAAGGGAUAGAGGUCGUUAAGGUGCUGAUAGAUGGAAGAGUGAAACCGGUAGAAAGGGUCGUGGCAGGAAGAGAGAAGGCUGCGGAGCUUGUGACUGAUCCAAUUGGCUCAUCAACGGUUGAGGUUGAAGUAGAAUUCGCGGACGUCGAUAAAAUACUAAACGAGCUGGAACUGGAGCUGGAGCUGGAGCUGGUGGAGGCUGAACUUGAAGCGCCAAUCGGGCCGAUAUUCAAGCUAGAAGAGCUGCUUGUUUGA